CUUUUCCUCUGUUCCUUCCUUCCCCCCUUACCCCUUCCCUUUUGGCCCUUGGCCUUCUUCUUUCUUCUGUCUCUCCGAUAGCGAAACCGUGUCUCUCUUGCAGAACGCGCAGAGGUAGAAGAAGAAGAAGAAGAAGAAGCCAUUGAAGGUCAAGCAUAUUAUCAGAGCAAUCUGGCUUUUCUCUGGUCAUACCCAUUUCGUUUCAUGCCAGAUGUAAACCCGAUUUCACCUUCUUUGUCAGCUCCAACUUCAAGAACUCUCUCUGUUUCUUUCCUCUGUACUCAUUUGCUUCAAUAUCUCGCACUUCUUUUCUCUUUCAAGGAUAACGAAUCUGAAAGAAUGCUUUCUCUCCGGUUAAGCCUCGUCGUUUCGCUGCUACUCCCCUUAUUCCCUCUCCUCUGUCUCGGGAUUCGGUCGUUACCGACGAGGGUUGCUGUCGGAGAUCGGUUGGAGUUCGAUGGCUUGUUUCAAUUCGCCGAAGCUCCGGAUUACAGAAAUGGAGCCCGGUGCCCGGUUUCGUCAAAUAAGGGUUCAGUUUUGUCUUGUGAUCGGUCUCUGGUUCACAUAGCUAUGACUUUGGAUUCGGGUUAUCUUCGGGGCUCCAUCGCCGCCGUUCAUUCCGUCCUCAAACACUCCUCGUGCCCCGAAAAUGUGUUCUUCCACUUCAUCGCGGCGGAGUUUGACCCGGCCAGUCCACGGGUCCUGACCCGAAUCGUCCGAUCCACUUUCCCUUCCCUCAACUUCAAGGUCUACAUCUUCAGGGAAGACACCGUCAUCAACCUCAUCUCAUCCUCCAUUCGCGAAGCCCUAGAGAACCCUCUGAACUACGCGAGGAACUACCUCGGCGAUAUCCUUGACCCCUGCGUUGACCGGGUCAUCUACCUGGACUCCGACGUGAUCGUCGUCGACGACAUUGAGAAGCUCUGGAACGUAAAUCUCACCGGGAAUCGAGUUCUCGGAGCGCCGGAAUACUGCCACGCCAACUUCACCAAGUACUUCACCGACACGUUCUGGUCGGAGCCGGUUCUUUCUCGGGUCUUCGCGUCGAGAAGCCCUUGCUAUUUCAACACGGGCGUGAUGGUGAUGGAUUUGGGGAAAUGGAGAGAGGGGAAUUACAGGAGGAGGAUCGAGACGUGGAUGGAGUUGCAGAAGACGAAGAGGAUUUACGAUCUGGGUUCGCUUCCGCCAUUCUUGCUGGUUUUUGCAGGAAACGUUGAGGCUAUUGAUCAUAGGUGGAAUCAACACGGUCUAGGUGGAGAUAACGUGAAGGGAACUUGCAGGUCGCUUCAUUCUGGUCCUGUGAGUCUCUUGCAUUGGAGUGGGAAAGGGAAGCCAUGGGCGAGGCUCGAUGCCAAGCAGCCUUGUCCUCUGGAUAGUCUCUGGGAGCCUUAUGAUCUGUUCAAGCCUCAGAACAGUGGAAAGGAUCAACAAUGGGGCUUGUUUUCUUCGAUUCUGGUUGGGUAUUCGAAUGAUUUGUUAUGAUUCUUUGAUAGAUAAUUUGUUUACAGUUACUGUCCAGAUUAUUAUUCUUUGAUUAGCUGUGUACAGAGAUGGAUUAGAACACAUUUCAGGAGAGAUUGAAGGGAGAGAAGAGGAGAGUGGGUUUAUAUUUCAUUUUUUGUUUAGAUUCUUUCGUGUAAUUUUCAUGUAUUAAAUUUCCAAUUCUUCUUCUUCUUCUGGGGAUGGAGUUCUUGUUACAAUCUGAAUUUUUCUACAGAGGUGGGAUUAAGUUGUUUGUUAUGGGACCAUUGAUCAUUGCAUCUACGAAACAAAGUGGAGAAUAAUAGUAGUAAUUAUAAUAACAGAGUUGCUGCAUUCUUUCAUUUCAA